AUGGGCGCCAUACAAGAUGCCACCACACCACCUUGUAGAGUUGCGCACUCAAAUCCAAAGUCUAUUAGAAGCAGAACACCUUUAACAGUCCAAGUCACCAUUCGGUGCACCGGUAUUAUUCCUAAAGAAGAAGGACGGAAGCCUCAGGCUGUGCGUGGACUAUAGAGCCCUGAACAUGCUCACGAUCCGCAACAAGUAUCCAGUCUCAAAUGCUGAAGACCUAUUUGACUGA